AUGUUAGCUUUUGUGAAUGCUAUGGGUAAUACAGUUCCACCUGUAUUUAUAUUUCCGAGAGUAAAUUACAAGGAUUUUAUGAUAUGUGGAACCCCAACAGGAAGCUUAGGGCUGUGUAACAAAAGUGGUUGGAUGACAAGUGAGAACUUUUUAGUUGCAAUGAAGCACUUUGUUUCCCAUGCUAAGCCAUCUGUGGAGCAUCCAGUGCUGUUAUUAAUGGACAACCACGAAAGCCACAUUUCAUUUGAAACAAUAACAUUUGCAAAAGGAAACUCUUUGAUUUUAUUAACAUUUCCACAACACUGCAGUCAUAGAUUGCAGCCUUUGGAUGUUUCGGUGUUUGGUCCUUUUAAAUCUUAUUUUAGAUUGGCUCAGAAUGAAUGGUUGGCCUCCAAUCCAGGGAGAAUUAUUAACAUAUAUAAUUUACCUCAGCUAGCAUGCAAAGCAUAUAAUAUGUCUUUCACAAUAAAAAAUGUUUGCAGUGGGUUUUCUAAAUGUGGGAUCUAUCCACUCAAUAGACAAAUAUUUGGGGAAAGUGAUUUCAUAUCAUCUAGUGUUAGUGACAGACCUCUUCUUGUCGAGCAACCAGAAAUUAAACAACCAGAUAAUCAACAAUCAUAUGAAAUAAAUAAACAAGUUGAUUCUUCAGAAUCAUCAGUCAAAAUAGUUAGUCCAGAAUCCAUUCAUCCGUACCCUAAAGCACCCCCAAGAAAAGAAGAAAGCAGGGUAAAAGUACUAUAUUAA